AUGUUCCACACAGGACCAGACAAAGAAGCCCAAGAGGAACCUGAAAAAGAGCAACAGGAGGUCCACAAACAUGAUCACUCAUGUGUGGAACACACUGGGCUCCAAGAUACAUGUAAAGGGCAGCUGAACACAAAACGCAAAGAGCCUGCCAAGCCAGGACAGCCUGACACUGAGCCUACCGACUCUACUGAUAAAAUUACACCACAAUCAAAGAAGACAGAUACUGAAGAUCAUAGACAGUCCCAGAAAGAUGUUGCAGCAAAUUCCGAAUAUGAAGAGCCACACAUAGAUUUAAAAGGGUAUGAGGACCAAUCUUCUGAUGAAGUUCAAAUCCAGCACGACCCAGAGAGUGAUGACAGCGAUGACAACGAUGACGAGUCGAAAGAUCAAAGUGAGCAUGGGAAAAUCGUAGAGCAGAUCAAUCAUGAAGAGCCUGAAGGGAGAGAUGAGACUGAACAGGGUGAAAAACUACAGGAUGACCACGAGGAUCCAUCACAGAAGAAAGGCGAACCUGAAGAACACAGAGAAGAAUUAGAAAACUACUUCAAAGGAUCUGAAGAACAGUAUGAGGAUGACUUGGAAGAUGAGUCUGACAAAAAAAAGGAAGUAUCGGAAAACGACUACAAAGAAGCCGAAGAGCAAGAUGUAGAUAACAUGGACCAUGAAGCUAGGAAAGACAAACAGUUUAUUGUGAAUAAGGCAGAUAAACACCAAGCAGAUGAAAAUCUCCCAGCAGCCUCAGGGCGAGAGUCUCUAAGAGCACCGCUGGCCAAGCUUGACGAUGACAGUGAUCUUGAUCAGUUUUACGAAGCGCUGGAUGAUAUAAAAGAAACGAGUGUGUAAUGAACAGCACUAUUCUGGGAUGAAUGCAUUCUAUAUGUAACGAAUUAACCUUAAAAUCGAUUAAGUAGACGUUUGGCUCUAUCAAUGCGCAUGUAGUGACUCUGAAAUACUGAAACAGUAGCUUUGGUAAAUAGUGUCAAAAGACAAGCUUGCUGUUUUAUGUGAAAAUGUAAGUGCCCUUGUCAUGUAAUAUAUACCAGUCAAAAAUUUGAUAAGCAAAAUGUAAUAAAAUGGGUCAUUUUAAAUGAUUACUUGCUAGGGAUACUUCUUUACGCGCCAAUGUCUUGUUUAGCUGAGGUUCGGCUGUUUACGUGGCACUUUGUAGAUG